CCUUCUUACCUUCCAUUCAAUCCUCAAAAGAAGGGGCAUCAAAUGUCUCCUACCAAUCUAUUCAUCUACAUUCUCUUAACUUCUAUCAAGGCAUGGGCAUAUCAACAUCCACACCCUCAUGACAUUGUUCUGCAUCUACAAAGGAAACUAAAUGCUUCAAUGAGCUCCAGAAGAAGAUUAAUUGAAGCAAAUCCAAUGUUUCUUCAAUCAAAAGAUCAAACACCUUGCCAGACUGGAAACCCCGUUGAUGAUUGCUGGCGGUGUGAUCCCAAUUGGGCCAACGACCGCCAACGUCUUGCUGACUGCGCGAUUGGAUUUGGCCAGGCGGCAAUGGGCGGGAAAGGAGGUCGGAUCUAUAUCGUUACCGACCCGACUGAUGGAGACCCUGAAAAUCCACCUCCAGGAACACUCAGGCAUGCCGCCAUACAAUCUGAGCCUCUCUGGAUCAUAUUCGCCAACGACAUGCACAUUAAUCUCGAAAACGAGCUCAUUGUCAGCAGCUCGAAGACCAUCGAUGGUCGUGGAGCGAUUGUGCAUGUGACAGGGAAAGGCUGCAUUGUGAUAGAGAAUGUUGGAAAUAUCAUCAUUCAUGGUCUCUACAUCCAUGAUUGCGAGCCAUCGGGGAAGGCUAAGAUUCGGGUGAGUCCAACGGAUGUGGUAGGCAGGGGGAAAUCGGACGGUGAUGGAUUGACGAUCAAGGGGGUGAGGAAUUUGUGGAUUGACCAUUGUUCUUUUGCCAGGUGUACGGAUGGAUUGGUGGAUGUCACGGAGGGGUCCACCGCCGUGACGAUAACCAACUGCUAUUUCACCGAUCACGAUAAGGUCAUGUUAUUGGGUCACUCGGAUGACUAUUUGGCUGAUGCAGGAAUGCAGGUAACAGUAGCAUUCAAUCACUUCGGGAAAGGGCUCGUGGAGAGAAUGCCAAGAUGUCGGCACGGGUAUUUCCAUGUCGUGAACAACGACUAUAACGAAUGGCAGUUGUAUGCCAUUGGUGGGAGCGCAGCUCCCACCAUCAACAGUCAGGGCAACCGUUUCAUUGCCGCACCCCACUCUCACAAAGAGGUGACGAAGCGAAUGGAGGCGAAGGACGACGAAUGGAAGGGGUGGAAUUGGAGGUCAGAAGGGGACUUGAUGGUCAAUGGAGCGUUUUUUGUCCCCUCCGGUGCAGAACUCAGUACACAGUAUGACAGGGCCUCCAGCGUGCCGCCGAUGUCAGCCUACCUCAUAAAUCAACUCACUAUGCAUGCCGGUGCACUUGUAGGCGUCCCGAGCAAUCUAGGUGAUAAUUCUCCCGGUGGCGGUCCUCCGGUGAUCACUCCACCAGUUGAGGGUCAACCAAGUGGUGGCAACCCUAACAUUCCUCCAGGCACCAUGCCAUAUGACGGUGGCAGCUAUGGCACCACUUAUGGGACCACACCACCAGGUUGCUUUGUGUCUGGAAAAACACCAGGUGGUUGUAUUCCCGGGAACAUACAAGGUGGUGGCAAUCCUGGGAUGGUCCCAGGCGGUGGUUAUGGGAUGGUCCCAGGAUCACCACCACCUGCAAUGGUGCUACAAGGUUGUGGGCCCGGGAUAAUACCUUAUUGCGGUGGUCCUGGCAGCAGAAGGAUUUCAGGUGCAUCAGGCAGCAUUGGCACAAUGGCACGCUCAUCGAUACCAACCAACAUCUUCUUGUCUUCCCUAGUUGUAUUAUCACUGCACAUGACCAUGACUCACAGUGUUCUAUUACAGUAACCGUUAAGAAUGGAAGUGGCAGAUUAUGUGUAAAUAAUUGAAGGGUAGUAAUGAAGGAGAAAAGAUAUUUCACGACUCGAGGAUAUUAUACAAUCUUUAUAUGCCCGAACAAGAUAACUCGCCUACAUCAUUAAGGGGCAAGUUCAAAUGAGAACCAUAAAUAUUUUGUGAGCAUAGGAACCAACUAUUCAUAAUGAAUAAGUG